GGGCAGCGUGGAGGCACGGGCUGUCCGUUCAGGAAUGACCGGCAAGGCGCGGUCCUGUGGUGGAUGCAGGCAGGCCGGGAAAGCCCGGGAGGGGGCCAUCGCCCGCCCCGGGCGGCCCCUCCGUCGGGCGGCCUAGCCUCGCCUUUCCGGGGUACUGCCUGCUCUCGAGGUCUGAGCCGCUUUCUGCUGCUUUUGGGGAGAGGGCGAGAGCGCCCUCCUUCCGGAUGCUGAAGCCGGCCCGGAAGAAAGCCCAGGAUCUGUGAGGUAAAGUGGACUAGGGACUUCGUAUGUUCACUUUUGACCUUUGGUGCCCAGCCAGCUGCGCAGGAUUGGAUCUAAACGUGGCAGAGACACAACUUCAGGGAGAAAAGACAUAGGUGUCCCAGUUUCAGGUGUCUUCCGCAAUUCCUGUGAAAACCACGUGGCCCCAAAGGCCUGUCGGUCACGCAGGAUGAAUGCCUUGAAGCGGAGCUGCGCGCAGGCGUGGCCGGAAGAGGAGGGAGACCAGGAGCAUGGCCUCUACAGCUUGCACCGCAUGUUCGACAUCGUGGGCACCCACCUGACCCACCGUGACGUCCGGGUACUGUCUUUCCUCUUUGUGGACGUCAUCGACGACUACGAACGGGGCAUGAUCCGCAGUGGCCGGGACUUCCUGCUGGCGCUGGAGCGGCAGGGCCGCUGCGACGAGACCAACUUCCGCCAGGUGCUGCAGCUGCUGCGAAUCAUCACCCGGCACGACUUGCUGCCCUACGUCACUUUGAAGAGGAGGAAGGCUGUGUGCCCAGACCUCGUAGACAAAUACCUAGAAGAGACCUCCAUUCGGUACGUGACGCCGCGAUCCCACCGCAGCACCGAGCACGUUCCUGCCCAUCAACACAAAGCUGUGCCUCCGCACCACCCUCUGGUCUGCUGCUCCGCGUCAGGGCCCCAGAUCUGCACCAAGCGGACCGGAAGGAAAAAGGCCUUCCUCAGUAACCAGCAGAAGCGGAGGAAGUCUGUGACGCCGGACCCGAAAGACAAGCAGACGUGCGACAUUCGCCUCCGAGUCCGAGCGGAGUACUGCCAGCACGAGACGGCUCUGGAGGGCAACGUCUUCUCCAACAAGCAGGACCCCCUGGAGCGCCAGUUCGAGCGCUUCAGCCAGGCCAACACCAUCUUGAAAUCCCGGGACCUGGGAUCAAUCAUCUGUGACAUAAAGUUCUCAGAGCUCACGUACCUCGACGCCUUCUGGCGUGACUACAUCAACGGCUCACUGCUGGAGGCCCUGAAGGGGGUCUUCAUCACGGACUCCCUCAAGCAGGCGGUCGGCCAUGAGGCCAUCAAGCUGCUUGUCAACGUGGAUGAGGAGGAUUAUGAAGUGGGCCGCCAGAAACUCCUGCGGAACUUGAUGCUCCAGACGGCACCUUGAACCCUGCUGGGUGCUGGUUUCCCACCUCCUCUGGCUGUCCCGUGAAGGAAUUUUUUGUUUCCUUUAAAAAUGGGAAGGAACUAGUGUCUCCAAGGACUGAAACCUUGAGCUCCUGCCACAUACUGAGUAACCGUAAGACCUGCUUCCGUGUGAGGAUCAGUGCUACUGUUGGUUUUUCUUCUUCUCCCCGUUGGGAACUGAAAAAGGAGAUGGGAAAUUCCGGGGGAUCUGCCGUGCGGCUGCUGCCACCAAGGUGGACCCAGGGCCCCUUCCCCAGGGGGUCGGCUCCAUGGCCCUGGCCCCUGGUCAGUGCUCCCCAGGCCUGUUGUCCUUCCUGAUCAUAUUCUCUCUCGUGCUGUUGACUUCUUUGUUUUGCUCUCUCUCUCUCUUCCCCCUUUUACCGGUUCCCAAAAAUUAGGCUGUCCUGCAGUGCGCUAUUGCCCCAAAAGGUCUAGACAGGUGUGGCAUGGUUAUCCCUUUUUAUUAAAAAAGCAAACUUCAACGUUGCUGUUCCUGUGGCAGGAAACACCUUGUGCCAGUAUUUUGCUCUGAAGCUGUGAGUUUGCGGUGGGCGAGGAGCUUGGCAUCUCGGGAGAGACGGCGGAGCGGGCUUGUGCCUAACGCAGAUCCCCCACCCGCCACGACGACGAGGCAGCGUUCUUGAAGCCGCUCUGGGCCACGCCGGUUGGAGUGAGGAGCUGCUGUGCGAUGGGCAGGGCUGGCGGAAGGGCCUUCAGCUGGUGCGCCUGAGGGGCGGGCGCGAAGGGCGCAGGGGCGCGUUGGCCUCGGUCGCUGCCGCUCGAUGGUUCCGCUGAGAGUGCACGUACGUGUGUGUGUGUGUGUGGGGUCGCGUUUUCCCCCCUAGGGGCACACUUAAGCCUGCCAAGCCACGCUGCCACCUCCUGCUCCCCCUCCAGCGCCUGAGCCGAGCUGUGGGGAGAGAGAGCUGCCAGGGCCGCCUCUGAUCCACUGCCUGUGCCUUUCCCUCGACUGCUGGUCGAGGGAGCAUCUGCCUCCAAAGACGACAGAGGAAGGGAUGCUCCUUGGAGCCUUCUCUCUCCUCUCCAAGAUCGCAGGAACCCCCAGGCGGCCUCCAGUCUCCCGGGGAAGCGUGAGCGCUACGGUGGCAGCGGCCCUUUGGACUGUGCCGACUGGAUGGCCCAGUCAGAAGCAGAGCCCAAAGGACAAGACGGCCCAGCCUAGAAACGCCUCUACUUCCUGGCCACGUCGUCGGGUCCUCUUGAUUCUCAGAUUCCGCUGUUUCCAAGGGCUUGCUCUCUAAUUUCUAGGCUGGUCCCCACAAUGGCUGCAAAACAAAAACCACCCUGUAGAAAGCUGGCUUUGCAAAAUAAUAAUAUUUUUAAAAAACAGAGGGGCAGGUUUGGGGAGGUACAAAACCCAGUUUUGCUUUUGCUCCGCCUGGUGGUGCUGUGCGUGGCAGCCAUUGCCUCUCACAUUCUUACUGUAACAGACUUUUUGAGCUGCUGGGACAAACUUCUGGCUGAAUAUGCCCCAUGCAGCCGUGUCCUGGGGCGGUCCUGGGACUCAUGGGAAGGUGCAAGAAUGCAGUGUUACGUUUUGGUAACCGUAGGUAAGAUGGUCUCUCCGCACACAGCCACAGCCUUCUCCCCAAGCGGUGUCCUCCGGGCCCUGUGCCGACAUGGCUGGAACCCACAGGCGGCUGCUGCAGGAGGUGCCCUCUGGUCUCCUGGGCCCCCAACGCUGCAUUAGCCUGCAGAGGCGACACGUGCUUUGGCAAGGGGAACGCGUUCAGGGCUGUUCUCCUGAGAGAGUCUUUCUGUCCUGGCAUUAAGAAGCGAGCCCGUUCCCGAGAGCCUGCCUUGGCAACGGCAUGGCCUCGGCACGCCACCGCACUUUCCAGCAUGGGGUGGCUGCUCCGCCAAGGGCCCAGUCUUGCCCCCUCACCACUUCCGGGGGAGAUUUUUUGUCAGCAGAGGGGAUAUAAGUGUCCAUACUGCAUCCAGUGGAACCCAUUUUCUUUUUCCUUUCCCUCCCUCCAGUAUGUUGUUUUCCAUGAAUUUCUAUAAAAGGCAAAAGGAGGUUCCUGCUUUUUGAACAGCCUGAACAAUAUAUAAAUGCCCCCUGCAGAGGUUUGGGCCUGCCCUUCUCUUCAUGCGUUCAGGCAUCCUGAGCAUUCAGACACAUGGCCCCUCCGUCCCCAGUCGGUGCAUCCCAUGGGCCUCCCUGGCCAGGGAUGGCGAGAGCUGUAGGCCUAACACCCCUGGAAGGCAUGCACCAGGUUGGGAGAGGGGAUGCCCCCCGUGCGCAGACAGAAGUAGCUCCGGUCAGGGGAAGGCUCUGUCACGGGACGCUGUGGUGGCAUAGAUCAUCCCGGUGUCUAUAGAUGCUCCCGGCAAGCAUUGCCCGGCUGGUCAGGCCGUCCCGCUUGGCGUGUGAGUGUCCAAUGGCUUGUAAUGCUCUGCAGCAGAUCUCUGGGAAAAGUAUGCAAAAGCUCACCCCUCACACCCCCUUGUGCACCCCACACACACCGUUGCCCCGUUAUUUCAAGACAAUUCUGGCACAAAUUUGUGUACGAUUCUGUGUCUUCUGUAUUUUUUUUAAAAAAGGAACUUCCAGUGUAACUGGUCAUAAUCCCAGUGUAGCUUUGUUUUCCUCAAAAAAAGAAAAGAUGAUGAUUAAAACAAUCUUCUGCCUCGUA